UCGGUCUCGCAGUCUCGCACUCUCAGUCUCCUCUAACCCACCCUCUCCGGCUCUCCGCCUCUCGCUCCUCAGCCUCGCACUCUCAGUCUCCUCUAACCCACCCUCUCCGCCUCUCGCUCCUCAGCCUCGCACUAUCAGUCUCCUCAGCGAUCUCUGUCGAACCCACCCUCUCGCUCCUCAGCCUCCUCUAACUCUCUAUUCUCUAAGAUCGGCGACCUCUCUCUCUCAGACCAACCUCUCUCUCGAUCACCUUCCGGAAAUCGAAGCUCUCCCGACUCGGCGACUAACGACCUCUCUCUCAGACCGACUUCUCUGCCGAUCACGUUCCGGAAAUCGAAGCUCUCAUCGAUCUCGCUGCCCCCAGUUUCUCUCCUUACGCUCUCAUCGAUCUCGCCUCCUCAAGUCCUCCACAGCAGUUCUGGGCUCGUUCUGUCUGGAGUUCUGGGCUCGUUCUCCUCCACAGCAGCAAGCGAGCAAGCCACCUCCACCUCAGUACACUCAUCCGAAUCUUUACGCCGGUAAGGGUUGGAUACUUGGAUUGCAUAAUCUUGAAUCGAUGAAGAUAUUCAUUGUUGCUCAUUUGUGUAUAGAAUCAAUGAUUUGGAGUAUUUAUUAGGGUUUUCAGUACAAAACAAUCUAGCAGACUUGGUUAGGCAUCAGAGUGACAUGAAAGAUAUAAGUCAAAUAUAAAUCAGAAUCAUCCCUACAGACAAACAUCUACUGAUUUCAUUAGCACAGAUGUAUCUUCAUUUCAGUAUCCUGAUUCAGAAUAAGGUCACAAUGGCUAACAACAUUUCAGAUACCCCUCCGAGACAGUUAGGAAUGUAGGAAGUUAGGUAAUGUGUUUGGAGUGGGCAAGGUAGUUAGGAAUGCAAAUGGGAACUUUUAGUUGCAAAAGGAAGAUGACUUCGAUCAUUGCUCAUUUUUUGUUUUUUUUUGUUUUGGUUUUUUGUUUAUGUAACUGUAAACUGUUAGUCUAAUCCACCUGCAAAUGUUUAUUACUGAUGCCGCACAUCAGCUAUUUUUUGGAUUUUCAGUCUGUUUUUGGUAUGGUGUAUAAUAAGUGAUUGAUGUUGUCGAGUUCCUUCAACUUCCGGAGUUGACCCAAAAUUUGACCCGAAUGACUGUUUUGGGUCAAAUUUUAAUAAUUAGUUGGGCCCGAAUGUACUUAACUAGCUUUGGGCUCAAAACCGGCUCCCGGAUGGUGGUUAACGCCUAAAACCCUUUUUAUAGGGUUUCAGACUGAGAAAAGCUCCCAACAAUGGAGGAGCCCCAAUUUGAAAAAGAAAAACCCUCCGAAACCCUAAUCUCUCUCCCUCCUCACCGUCGACGAAGCCUCAAGAGCGAAACGCACCGUACUCUGCUUCGAAUUCUAUCUCACUGCUACGACGUGUUGCAGCACCCAGACCAAAAUGUACCUCCGGAGCUCAAUCAAGAUAAUGGGAGUAAUGAAUUGGGGGAAACAACUGCAAAAGAAAGAGGUAGGAAUGUUGAAUUGGUUGAGCCUGAUAGUAGGAAGUGCGAUGAUUCGGCAGCUCAACGGGAAUUGGUGGCUGUUGAGAGGUGUGAUGGUAAGGGUUUACGAGAGAGAAUUGGGCAGAUAGAGGAUUUCUUCAGUGAGGAAGGAAAUGAGGAGUUGUCGGGACAGAUGGACUUCGAAGAUACGUUUGGGAUUAAUUUUGGAGAUUUGGAGUUUGGUCCUGAGGAAAUGCUGAUGGAUGAACUGGAGCAAAUUGUGAAAGGAAAUGAUGACAAUGCUCCUAAACUGUCGACCGGAUCAUUGGUUGAAAAUGAGGGUGCAAACGAUAAGGUUGAGUUGCUGAGUAACCAAGAACAACGUGAUGACUCUCAACAUAAUGCUACAGUCAGACCGGAAAAUGCAGAUCAAGUUGUGAUUGGUGAAAUUCAUAAUGAAGGAGAGUGUAAUGAAUGCUCGCAUUCCUUGUUGAAGACUAGCGCGUUGGAUGUAGAGCCGAUAAUCCAACAGAAAGCAAUGGAGACUUCUGUGUCUUCUGGUAGCGCAGAGGUAUCUCUUAUUCCCAUUACUGAAGUUGCACAGUUUGAGGUGCCAGAACACUUCAGCCAAAAGGUGCCUGAAGCCUUUGUUUUCCCUUUGGACACAGAUAUGGUUGGCGAUGCUUCAAAGCCUAGUCAGAGCAAAAGCUGGUCACAUAAAGCUGAUGAUUUGGAAGGAGAGCAUGAAAUUCAGCCAAACGAAAACAAAAUGGAAAUGGUUUGCACCGGAAAUGCUGUGAAUUGUCCCAACCAUAUGAAUGAUGGAGUUAUGGAAGAGGGAGAAAUCUCUGAUGAUGAUGGGAUGGAUGAUAGAUCAACCAAUAUGCUUUUGCAUGAUACAGCAAGGUGUGAGGAAAAUAAGGUUAAUGAAUUUCAAAUAGUCAAAGAUGUCAACGGUCAAAAAGAGCACUCUGGCAAGGAAGCAAUUGGUAGAGAAUUUGACUCCAAUUCCUUUCUGAUGAGUAUUGCUGACAAUGUCCAAAAUCCUAGAGGAGUGGAACUCAGAGAAAGUAAAACUAAGCUGAUUGGUAGACCUGGAGUUGUCCAGGGGAAAACUAUGGAAGCUAUAAAGGAAAAUGGAUAUGAUCCUUCGCUAGAAAGUCGAAGAAUCGAAGAGAAAGAUAGCGGAAUUGGGAGGGGUAUUGGCUUUCAAGAAGCUUGUACUAAUAAUCAAGCAUCGCAUGAAAAAAUCUCAAAGAACUAUGAAGCUGGAAGCUGUGGAACUUCAUCUGAAGAUAAGGUGGAUGCUGGUGCCGCAAAUAAAAGAAGGCGUGGUCCUCCUUCAAAGGAAAAGAAACAAAGAAAGAAGGCAAAAGAACGAUUGAAGCGAGCAGAGAUGAACAGAAAACUAGGUGUUAAAAGGUUGAAACUGCAUUCCAUAGAGAAACCAAAGACUGUAGUAUAUUGCCGCCAUUAUAUUGCUGGAAGGUGCCAUGAGGGUGACAAGUGCAAAUUUUCACAUGAUACAGUGCCUUUAACAAAAUCCAAGCCCUGUUGUUAUUUUUCACGCCAGUCAUGCAUGAAAGGGGAUGACUGCCCAUUUGAUCAUCAGCUUUCUAAGUAUCCCUGUGACAAUUUUGUUAAUAAUGGCUCCUGCAUCAGAGGUGAUCGGUGUCUGUUUUCACACAAGAUUCUAUCCAAGGAAGAAAGUGCAACUGCUGCUAGCAAACCUGAAUUGGUGUCUCCCACCGUGCUGGGUAAUUCCAGGUCUGCACAAGUAAAGAUUGGUAGUCCCUCCCAGAAGAAUUCCCAUGCAUUGCUCCACUCCACAGGGACUCAUUCUCACAAUAAUACUGAACUGAUUAUGGCAAGGACUCUAUUGGAACAACCUGCAAUGGCUACUAAAGGAUUUAGCUUCCUUUCUACAGGGAAAUCAUCAUUGGUUCAUUCUAGUAUGUCCAAGCAAGGAGUGUUGGCCCCAGAUAGGAGUACUGGUGCCAAAGCUGGGAACCCGAUGCAACAAAGUCCAUCAAGUUUUGUUCCAAAUACCAAAGAGAAUAUAAUGACAACUCCACCGGUAGUCACUCCCAAAGGGAUAAACUUUUUAUCAUUUGGAAAAGCGUCACCAGAUGGUUCCAGUGGCAAAAACCAAGACCAUCACCAUUCAAACCGAAGUGUGUCAGAGACUGUUCAAAACUUUAAUGGGGUGCCAAAGGUUAUUCAACCUGCACAACCAAAGGCUGCAGACUUCCUAUCCGUAGCUAAUUCUAGUAGUGGAAACCCCUUUAGCUUAACUUCAAGUUCAGAUAAUGGUAACAGUAGGCAUUUUGGUGAGGGUAAAAGUGCAUUUGAUAAACCCCAAAACUCAAGUGCAAUCUCAUCAAGGCUGCAACCUUCUCCACUUACUUCAGGUCAAUCUUCAGAUUAUACAGCAUCCAGGUUUAAAGACCCGAGGAAUCAGAGGUCACUUUUUUCGACACUUGCAUUUGCAGAUAAGUAUGAAUCAAAAAAGACGAAUCAGUCAAUUGGUUCUACUUUUACACAGGUUGAUAGGGAGACCAAGCAGAAUGACUCAGGAAAAGCUUUUAAUAUUUUGGAUUUCUUGUCCACUAUUGGCAGUACAACCAAGUAGUAAAUCUGUUAGCAUGGUGUAUAAUAGAGACUUUAGCCUUGGACAUUAUUGAAUGGCAAGAUGAGCUUCUGCAUCCAGAAUGAAGCUUGUUGUUUGGUCAGAUUGAUCAGAAAAACACAGGGUCAUUUCUGGCAUCUUUCUUGCCCGAAAUCAGCACAUGUAGUACGUCACUUCUAAUUUCAGCAGCUGUCUACAAGGUAGAGUUUGCAUCUUUCACUACUGUAAGCAAUAUACGUUUGUACAUUAUCAGCUGGGAUAAAUUUUGUAACUGGUAAAGUAACGAUGCUUGAUGGACACCAAUCACAUAUUACUGAUUCACUGCCAUCUUAAAGUUGAGUCCGUGAUGGUCUUCAUAUAACCUUCUUUCACUGUGGAAAACUGGAAUCAACCUCCUAUCACAUUUGGUGUCAAUCUUAGGAAUUUGGAUCCUUGAACUAAUCUGCAUUUCUCUAAUAAUCCAAGUAGUCCUGGAUCUGAUGAAGAUCUGCAUGUUGAAGUUGUCUCCAAUGAAGGAGUGGACCUUUUUUGCUUGAAGUCUGGGGGAAAGGGAUCAAAAGCAUUGAAUUGUAGAAGAAGUCUGCUUACUGUGGGGCAAUUUACUGACUUUGUAGACCAUAGCACCAUAUAUGAGGACUCGCCAUAAUUUUUUCUCAAUCAAAUUUGUUGAAAAGGUUACUCUUCUUUAGUCAAAUCUAAUGAUGUUAAGGCUC